AUGUUUUCUAACAGCAAUAGUAGUGCAUUUUCUUUCACCAAAAAUGCCCAUUUAGGUGCCCCUUUAAACCUUCUCCAUUGUUGUCGUUCACCAAACGACGGUGGUCACCGGGACAUAAAUCAGCGUCGGAUUCAUCAUUUUCAAAAGCCAAUGGCCGAAGCUGGGAAUUCAAUGCUAUAUUCUCUUCUUCUCUUUGUUGUUACUCUCUCACUGCAAGAAAUGUAUAGAGGGAAGUUAGCAUCAUCAGAACUGUUCACCAUACUUGGAGGAUUCACCAGUUCACUUGUGUUUCUUUUCUUACUAACUUUCAUUGGAAAUUUCCAGGAAACUUCUGGGGUUAAAACUGGAUGGGGUGCAGUUAUUCUAGCUGAAGCUGUUGCUCUUGUUGCUGCUGGCACUGUGCAUCGAGUUUGUAUAACAACUUGCUUUUUAUUCUCGGCUGCGAUAUUGUAUGAGGUAAACCAGAUUUCAGGGGUUAUGGCUUCAAAAAGCGAAUCCAAAGGUCGAAGGCAUUAAAAUCUGAAAACAUGUUUUUGUUUUGAUUGUAUCCUUUGAAGUAAAAGAUGAUAUGAUAGAUAUAAUAUUUUAGACCAAUUUAUACUAGACUGUAUGUUUUAUUUUUUUUAUAUGAAUCAUGGUAAAAGACUAAGAGUACGCUCAUUUUAACAAGACUUGAAUUUCAGACAUUAUUUUCAACUGUUUUUACUUUUGAUAUAUUAUUAUUAUGAUG